AUGUCCUCUCAUUGUACACACAAUCUUACAUCCGAAGAGCACUCCCAAUGUCCCCAUUCUCACCAUAAUCAUCAUCAUCACGGAAACGAUCUAUCUGUUGCUGAAUUGAAUUCAAAAACAUUCGAUCAGAUGGCUUUGAAUUGGGACACCAAUCCAUCAAAGGCUGAAUUUUCACGACGAGUAGCACAUGGCAUUCGUGAUGUUUUUCGAGGAGUCUUGGAGAAGAUGAAUCAAAAACAGGACUUGUUGAUUAUGGAUUUUGGUUGUGGCACUGGUACACUCUCUCUUUUGUUUUUGAAUGAAUUCAAAGAAUACAUCAAAAGAAUUGACGCGGUGGAUAUGAGUGAAGGAAUGAUUUCGCAAUUAAAGGAAAAGAAGUCAAAACUUAUUCAAGAAGGUUUGCUGGAAGGUGAUGACAAAAUAAUUUCGCAUGUCAUUGACUUGGCUUUAGCUGAAACUGUGAACCAUCCCAUUGUGGAAAAUAAGGGUAAAUGUAAUGUGAUUAUUUCAGGUAUGGUGUUUCAUCACUUGGAAAACGUUCCAGAAAAGAUGAAACUUUUAGCAAGUUACCUUGCUCCAGGUGGUGUUUUGAUCUUUACUGACCUCGACAAGGAUCAAGAACAUAGUGAUAAAUUUCAUUGUAAACACAUGACACAUGAGGUUCCAUAUAAGGGCGGCUUCUCUUCAAAUGAAAUUAGUCAAUGGUUGAAAGAGGCUCAUUUUGUGGACGAAGAGUUUUCCAGAAAUGUUACCACUUCAAAAAAAGGCAACGAUGGUAUUGAAAGAGAGUUUAUUUUGAUGACUACAAGCGCAUCCAAGCACUAG